CAAAAGAGCCUAAAGAUAGAUAGAGAACAAUAAAAAAAGAGUGAAAGGAAGAUAGAGGGAAGCUCCAAGAUUCCGACCGGAAAAGUUUCCAUGGAUUCCGAAGAAGAUAAAGGCUGAACUCUUUGUCUUUGCCUCGAAUCUCUUGUACAAAAUAUAGGAAACCUCAACUCGUGAGAGUUUGGAGUUCGGUAGUUCUUUAUGAUGGAGAAAAUCUGUGAAUUCUGCACAGAAUCGAGGCCAGUCAUUUACUGUAAUGCUGAUGCAGCACAUCUUUGCCUUUCCUGCGAUGCCAAAGUUCAUUCAGCCAAUGCACUUUCUAACCGACAUCUGCGAAGUGUCCUAUGUGAUUUGUGCAGAUACCGCCCAGCUUAUGUUCGGUGUACAGUACACAGAAUGUCCAUGUGCUGCAGCUGUGACCAAAGCCUGCAUGAUAGCUCUUCCCAGCAUCAGAAACAGGUAGUCAGUAGUUACACAGGAUGCCCUUCGGCUAAGGAUUUUGCAGCAUUGUGGGGUUUUCAACUGAAUGAAGAAGACAAUAGUACUCCUCGAGAUCAGCUUGUGUCCAUUUCUCCUGGUUCUGGGGAUUCCAGUGUUUUAAACUUGGACAUUCCAAGACAAUCUUGCUCACAAUUUGGUGGCCCUUCAGUGUUAUCUAGAGAGAAUUGUGCAACUCUAGUCUCCAAUGUAGGACCAGAAUUGGGAUCGACCAGUCAACAAAGUAAGGUAUAUAAAUAUCAACAGCAGCACACUAGCUAUAUUCUGCAACAGAUUCUUGACCUGAAAAGGCUUCAGCUCACUGAUGGUUCUGACCUUUCACCUUUGAUAUCUGGUCAAGAACAAAUGGAAAUAAAUUCUUCAAUACAAUAUCCUCCAGUAAAGCUUGAUAGAAAUCUUGAUCAGCAUUUACAACAUUCCCAGGAUCAUAGUACUGAUCAGCAAAGGGGAAGUUCACUGCAGGACCUGAACGUGGACACUAAGCCAUUCAAAUUUUCUCAACAGGAACAUAAUAUACCUUCAUCUUCAAAUGUUGGGCUUCCUAUGCAGGGAGAAUCUUUCUGGCAAUGCAAAAGUCCUGUUCAAAAUAGUCAGUUAUGGUCUCAAAAUAUGCAAGACCUUGGGGUUUGUGAAGAACUUGUUUGUGACGAUGAUUUCAACAUACCUGAUGUUGAUUUAACGUUCCAAAAUUUCGAAGAACUAUUUGCAGGUGAUCAAGAUCCAAUCAGGGCUCUGCUUGAUGAGAAAGAUGUUUCAUGCUCUUCCAUUGAAAAGGAUUUGUCCCAUAAUACAUCAGAUAAUAGCCAUGCAAGAGCUAUGGAGGAUGGCUCAGUGGCUUCUUCUCUUUAUAUCACCCGGUCACCUCAUAUGGACAAUGACAUAGGUCCUUCUAACCAACUUCGUGGGCUUCCGGGAAGUGAAGAUUGUCCCCGUCCGAUUCGAACAUCUUACUCAACUUUGUCAUUCUCUAUUUCAAGGUUUAGUGCUGAUAGCAGUGGCACUGACUGUCUUGAUAGCGGACUUUCUCCCUACAUUACAGGAAAACCUACAGGCAAUUCACCUGAGCUUGACAGUGCACAUUUGAAGGCUAGAGAAAUUGCCAAGAAGAGGUACAAGGAGAAGAAGAUGUCUCGAAUGCAUGAAAAACAAAUUCGAUACCCAUCUCGGAAAGCUAGAGCUGAUAUUCGGAAGCGGGUAAAAGGAAGAUUUGUAAAGACAGAAAGCUAUGACUCUGAUACCCUUGAUGUUACACGAAGCUAUUAGCUUUGCGUUGUGAUCUUGUACAUAUUACAAUUCUGGAGUGAGUUAGCUUCUUGGUACUCUCAUGUUUAUUUAGCUGAAAUUCGUCAAAUAAUGGCACUCUCAUUUUUAUGGCUUCAAUUAAUUACGUUCUCAAUCCCCCUAUA